AUGCCCGAUCUUCCUCACGAGGUGGUUUUGGCUGGGCCUGUUUCCGACACUUCAUCCCCAGGGACCCCACCACCCCAGCCCAUAAAUCCCGAAGAUGACCUGUCGGCCCCGGACAGCUCCGGCCCAGCGCUAGCUCCUGCACCGGCCUUGGCAGAGUCUAUGCCAGGGCUGUUUCCGCCUGCCUCCUCACAUGUCACCUCUGUCCUACAGUCCGUUCGGGAUUUCAAGCAACCCUUCUUCCUGGACAUUUGCGCGGGAGCGGGCUCGCCGCUCAGUUCAGCUUUCCUGGAGAAGGGGGUGCCAUGUCUGUCAAUAGACAUUCUCAUCGACACAAACAUGGAUCUUCUCCAGGACGAUUUCUUUGAACAUUUACUGCGCAUUUGCACGUCCCGCCAGGUUGCCCUUGCGCACGCUGCCCCUCCAUGCAGGGAGCACUCUCGCCUGAAACUCCUUCCUAGAGGCCCAAAAGCGCUUCGGACUCCGGCUUUCCUGAAUGGGCUCCCCGACCUGUCGGCAUCACAGGCUCUUAGAGUCCAGGAGAGUCACUUGAUCUUUGAGCGUUGCGUUCAGCUCUUGCAUGUCAGCUUUUCCUGCGGCGCGCAGGUGUCGCUCGAACAGCCGCCCAACAGCAUGGCCUGGAUGGAGCCGAUUGCAACCAAUUUCUUGGCAUCCAUCAGUGCGGAUCUGGUCCACGUGGCCGCUUGUUCCGUCAAUCUCAACAUGCACAAAGCUUGGCUUUUCGCCACUUCAUUCAGAGCCUUUCAGGCCUUCGCCUCUACAUGUCCACACACCGAGGGGACCCACGUGGCCUUACAGGGUUUGCGUGAUGAGGCUGGCAUCUUUUGCAGUCGGGCAUCUGCAGAGUACCCCCCCCGUUUGGCAGACAUGUAUGCUCAGCAAGCCCUGCCUCUCUUCGACCUUGAGCAAGGGGUAGGUACUGCCCUUUCUCUCGCCACGGUACCUCUGCUUGCCAAACCCAAGGACCUUCAUGAGGCUCCAGUGGCUUCGCAGGAUGGGGCCGGCAUCCUUUCCACGCCAGACUGGAGUGCACCACCUUCAGGAGCUACAGACGUCUUUGCGCGCCUUAGGCCUAAGCUGAUGACCUUUCUCCUUCAGGGUCGUUUUCCUCAGCGUUUGCGCACUUUGGUUUUGGGGGGAUCCGCGGAGGCUCUUUUCUCAACCUCGGAGGUAGACGCCCUUCGUCGCCUCUUCCAGGAGUGGCUGUCGGCUUAUUUCCCUGGCAUAACCGUUUCCUGGGAAAUCUCGGCAGGGCAACCAUACUGCCUUCAGGCGCUGGCAGCUGUCUCACGCAUUUGCCAAGAUCGAGACGUUUCCCUGUUCACCUGUCUGGAACAGGGAGUGCCCACUGGCUUUGACGGGGACAUCCCGUUGUCCAACAUUUUCUUGCCACAAGGAGGGGGCCAUCCUUUCGAGCAAUCACUCGGCAUUUGUCAUGGCAAUUGGUCGAGUGCUGAAGCGGACCUUCCAACCCUGCAUGCCUUAGUGGAGGAGGAGAUCGCGAAUGGCUGGUUCUUGGAGCUGGAUUCUUUGGAAGCGGCUCAAGAGCGUUUUGGUGACAAACUGGCAAUUGGAAGGAUGUCUAUCGUCAAAGCUGCGUCUUGUGGUCCCGGCCGUCGUUGGCUUUUUUACCGCGUUUGUCCCUUUGGAGCAAACUUCUCGGCCCUCUGGUUCCAGCGCCUUGGAAGCUUUUUCCUUCGCACUUUACACCUUUGGACUUGGCUUCGACACGCCCUGCUGGGCUACGUGGACGACUUUAUGUUGUUUCAGGACCAGGAGGUCAUUGGCCUUACAGCGUGCAUGACACUGGCCUUUUGUGCUCUGUUCAACAUACCGCUGUCCAACGCUAAGUUACAGCUUGGCAGCGGUAUCCACUGGAUAGGCUGGUACUUUUCCUUCGGUUCUGGCACUUUCUCUAUUCCGGUUGAAAAAGUCCAGAAGUUGAAGCGCCUGUUGCAGGAAGCUUUACAGGGUCGCCAUGUCUCGAAACGGACCCUGGACAAGGUCACCGGGUUGCUGCAGUGGUUUUGCAAGCUGUACAAACAUUUCAAGCCCUGGUUGCAGACCCUAUAUGCUGAUGCGAACCGUCCAUUGGCCACCAACUACAGCAUUGACCCUGGCGAUUGGCCCGGCUUGGCCAUCUGCGUUAACGAAGGGCUUAUCUUCACCUCCACACCGCCGGGCACAAGCAUUCCGACAGGCUCUAAGCUCAUCGAAGCCAGGCAUUUGGCCCUGCAGUCUAAGAAAGACCUUGUGAAAAUUCCCACCUCCAAACGCAUUUGGAUGAGGGUGACGGACCCCUCCACCACUCGCCGCAAGCUUUCUGUUUCCAGCCGUGAGAGCCUUCAGUUUUGGCUUAAGUGGUGCGAGGUUCCGCCCCUUUUCUUUCCUUUGCAGAAACCUGCGGACGUUCCCAUCGUCUGCGCCGCCGCCGAUGCACGCGCAGAUGGGGAUCUCGUCGGGAUAGGGGGAUUUAUCGAAUGGCCUUCACGCCAGAUUUCGUGGUUCAGCCAGUCCUGGCGUGUGCCGGACCUUUCGUCACUGGGUGUGCCUUUGCAGGUGCCAGCUCACCAAGACAUCACAUGCUAUGAGACAUUGGCACAGCUUGGCCUCAUUCUUUGUCUCCAUUCCGUGGUGCCCUUGGCACGCUGGACCGUCCGUCUUCGCACUUUGUCCGAUAACACAG